AUGGCGAACCCCCAGUUCAGGAACCCCAAGCGGAAGUGCUCACCCGCCUCCCGCCCCCCCAGGAUCAAGGCAGCAGCGGGUGUGAAGAUCGUGGCUGUGCGGGUCAGCAGCGAGGAGCAGUGGGCCGUCCAGGAGGAAAUCGACAACAGCGGCCCUCAGGCCACGGCCACGCUCACCUGUGCGGGCCCCCACCCGGACCCACAGGGCAGGGUGAACGGCUCCCUCGCGGAGAUCCUGCAGGUGGACCUGGGAGUGGACAACAGCAGCGACCUGGCGGGGGCCCAGCCCGUCACGUGGCAGGUGGAGUACCCGGCGGAGGACGCGGCGGGCGAGCUCGUGGUCUCGGAGAUCUUCGUCAGCCAGACCAGCUUCGUGGGCAUCGUCCCCCUCGCGAUGGACACGGAGAUCCUGAACACGGCCAUCCUGACCGGCCAGGCCGUCUCAGUGCCCGUCAAGGUGGUGGCCGUGCAGGAGGAUGGCUCCGUGGUGACCGUGGCCGAGGCCCUGGAGUGCAGGUCCGCGGACGAGGACGUCGUGAAGGUCUCCGAGCGCUGCGACGCCGUGUUUGUGAACGGCAAGGAGAUGAGGGGCCGCGUGGACACGCCCGUGAGCUUCACCCACCAGCACUUCACUGCCCAGUUGGAGGUCACGGUCUGGGCGCCCCGGCUGCCCCUGCAGAUCGAGAUCUCGGACACGGAGCUGAGCCAGGUCAAGGUCUUGUAUCAUCUGCGGGCGAUGCUUUCGAAACUCCAGGAGGCGAUCGUCAGCUCGUGGGUCCUGUUUAGCGACGGCGCGGUGACCCCCCUGGACAUCUACGACCCGCAGGACUUCUCCGUGUCCGUCUCGUCGGGGAGCUUCCUCCUGAACGGGGGCUCCCAGGAGGCGCUCCCCAGCCAGCUGCUCCGGCCCCCCGAGUACGUCUAUGAGAAGGACCCGCGGCGCCCGCCCGGCACCCCCUCGGGCCCCAAGAGGAAGCGGGUCAAGUUCACGUCCUACACCACCAUCCUGCCGGAGGAGGGCGGCCCCUACACCGACUCCAUCCUGUUCCACGGCGAGGACAGCAUCAAGUGGGUGUGCCCGGACCUGGGGCGCGGGGACCCCCGGGACUUCCGGGACUACAUGGAGAGGCUGCGGGACCAGAUGUGA